AUGAAGUCGAUCGGGAGCCUAAUUUGUCUUGCAGGCCUGCUCAUCCCCGUAUCAGCCCAUCCUACGGCCCGAAAUUCGCAGAUCUGGGGCCAGCUGCGGGAGAAUAUCAAACAUGUCGUCUAUCUGACCUUGGAGAAUCACUCCUUUGAUAACAUUGCGGGCUACUGGGACUUUCACGAAGGCAUUGACAAUCUAGUCAACCGAAAGUUCUGCAACGAGUACACCAAUGCCAAUUGGACCGUGUGGGGAGAGCCGCUUGAGAUCUGUGCUGGUCCCUACGAGACCGAGGUCCCACUCACCGAUCCCGAUCACAACUUCGCCGGGGUCACUUAUGAGAUCUUCCGCAAGUGGAACGUCACCAAGGACGAUGUUCCCAAUAUGGCCGGCUUCGUUGAGCGUCAGUCUGAGAAAUACAGCUCUACACCUGGCGAUGCCUCCUUCGUGAUCCAGGCCUACAGCCAGAAGAAGACGGCGCUGCUUGCUGAACUGGCGCAAAACUUUGCCUUCUUCGAUUCCUACCAUGCUGAGCACCCUGGCCCGACUAACCCUAACCGCCAAUUCGCGACCUCGGGAUCUAGCUGUGGCUUCGUAGACAAUACAGACCAGGCUGCCGGUUUCUACAACAAUGUCACUGGAACCAGCUGUGCCACAUCAGUCUUUGAAUCACUGAGUAAUGAGGGAAUCAGCUGGAAGAAUUACUACGAGACUGAUAUCGUCGAUGCGUUUAACUACAAGUGGGUCCAAGACAAUGCCAUGGACCAUUUGCAUCACGCCGAUCAGUUCUACCGUGACCUGGAAGAGGGGACCCUACCCGCCUUCUCAUACAUCAACCCAGAGUGUUGCACCAUUGAUUCGAUGCACCCAACCAGUCCCAUGGCGUCGGGUGAACAAAUGAUCAAGCACCUUUACGAUGCACUGCGCCGCUCGAAAUACUGGGACAACGCUCUGCUGAUCAUCAAUUUCGACGAGCACGGUGGAUUCGCCGACCACGUCCCCCCACCGAUGAACAUCCCCCAACCCGAGGAUAAAAUCACCUUCAAUGGAACCUCGGAGGGACACAACAUAACAUAUGACUUUACUCGUCUCGGUGUCCGCGUGCCCGCCUUCUUGAUCUCGCCCUAUGUUCCAGCGAACUAUCUCAUUCACGACGAGGGUACCAUGUACGCUGAAAACUCGGCCUACACUCACACCUCGAUCCUGCACUUCCUGCAGGAGCUGUGGGGAUUGGAGGGUCUCAACAACCGAGUGCAGUGGGCCAAGACUUUCGAGUCGGUCUUCACCGAUGUGCAACGUCAUGAUACACCCAAGACCCUUGGGACUCCGACAUGGUAUGGUGGAAGCGGACAGCCCGAGCCAGAUACCUUCUACCGCUUGAACCAGGACUAUUCUUACUACGCUUCCCUGGAUUAA